GGCGUCUCAGUCGCAGCACCGCGCGCGCGCCGUGAACGCGACGUUACGCGCGCAUCCAACGUACACACCGACGUCGGUUAUCGCUUCGCUCUCGCGCGGAAGCCGUGCACGUCACCCCGCGCUACCGUGGGCGCGACAGACCCGCGUGCGCCCGAACGUGGAAACGUAAGCGCGGACCCUGUCACGUCACGAACGUCGCGGGGCGCCGAGGUUGAGGUUGAGGUUGAGGUUAGGGACGGUUGUCCCCCCCGUGUGUGCGGUUUGCGAGGCGUCUCGAUACGCGCGCGAGCGCGCGCGCGCCCGCCCGCGUACACACGCACGCGACACGUCGGGCCGGAGCAAGCUGCGCCCGCGGUCGCGACUGUCAGUUUUACAUUCAACUAGUGGAGGAACCCCGGAGCGAGUCUAAAUGGCGUAACGGCGGUGCUCGUGGACGUGGACGACGUACGAGCAGAAAAGAGAGAGAGAGAGAGAGAGAGAGAGAGAAAGGGGCCGGAAGAAAGGAGCGGAGUUGAUCGCGCAGUGACGUAAGAAGCCAAACUAGUAGCGUUGGAAGAAAUCGCGCUAACGAUAUAGAGGCCAUAGAGGAGCUGGCCGAGUGAAAGAAAGGUGUUCGCGGCCGCCAGGGGAAGUCUGUCGCAAGGCGUAAAAGGAGGGGAAAAAAAAGGAAGCAACGAUGGGCGAGAGACGCGGCACGAAGGCGCUGGAGCUUUGGUGCCGUCGGAUAACCGACGGUUAUCCGGGUGUAAACGUGCAAAACAUGACCACCUCCUGGAGAGACGGGCUCGCCUUCUGCGCCAUGAUUCAUCACUUUCGGCCGGACCUCAUCGACUUCAACAGCCUGAACAAGGACGAUGUGUACAGAAACAACGAGCUGGCUUUCAGAACGGCCGAGCAGCACCUCGGGAUCCCCGCUCUCCUGGACGCCGAGGACAUGGCGGCCUGCACGGUGCCCGAUCGAUUGUCCAUUCUCACCUACCUCUCGCAAUUUUACCAAACUUUCGGAGGUUCUUCACCCAGCCGCCUGGCGACGAGCAGAACGACCGAGACCGCCGACGAGAGGAUCGCCCCUGUUCCGGAAUCUCCUAAACAAAAGGUGGGGUCGCGUCUGGGGAUGCGGAGGGAUCCAUGCGCCGCAUGCGGGCUGCCGGUCUUCCUGGCGGAGAAGCUGCUGAUAGCGGGCGCUCCUUAUCACCGUACCUGCUUCCGGUGCGCCCGCUGCACCAACCAGCUGACGCCGGGCAACUACUACGAGACCGAGGAGGGCCAGUACUGCUGCGAGACGUGUCCGGACGAGGAGGAGACCGACAGCGUGCGUCACAGGUACGCCGAGUCGGCGGCGAUGCCCGGGGAGAAGAACGAAGCGGGGCCGCUCAGCGACGAGGAGAAAACGGAGAGAAAGGGUAUGCUGGAGAACGCUGCGGUGCCCGAUUUGAUCUCCCAUACGUCGCAAAUGCGCCAGAGCUUCAUGACCAGCCAUCUUCUUUCCGAGAAGCUCGAGUCUACGGCGAAGGACACGUCCGCGAGCACGAAAGACGUCGACUCGGGUCGUCGUGACGAAACGAAAAGCAGGGUCGACUCGGCAUUCCCAGACGACGACGAGAACGAGGAGGAAGAGGAGGAGAAUGAUGAUGAUGACGAUGAUGAUGAUGAUGAGGAGGAGGAGGAGGAAUCCCGCAGCUCCGUGACGGGUUCCCCGGAUAUGGAAAAGUCCAACGUUGAACGAUAUGAUGUACAUAGCGCGUUAAAUAGCUUAGACAUUAGGAGCGACGAGGAUCAGCGAUCGACUGCCAUUUCAUUCCAUGACAUAGAUAAGAAGAGAGGAGAGGAGGAUACCAAAGAAUCGCCAGGACGCGCCGAUGAACGAGCCAAUCCCGAAACGAGAUUGUCGUUGGUUCAGAAGAGACUCCAAAUGUUUGAGGCUCGGGACAAAGGAGAUCAUGUCGAUAAGACGGAUCACAGCAAGAAAAGAAGUGCAGUGACUCAAAAUGUCACGAUGGUUCAGGGCGACUCCUGCGACACGUCCCCGGACGUUCUUUCGGUGAAUGAGGAAGAACGUCCAGAAAAGAGGCUCGAAGAAGAUUCAAUAAUUAAAAUUAUCGAUAAACAUAAAGACAGCUUUGACACUGUCGGCAUACAGCGAAAAAAAGACUCGACGAUUACACACGACGAGAGAAGCGAGGAAAACUUCUCAAAGGAUGUCGUGCAGGCGAAUAACGGAGAACGUCUCGACAAAGAUACGCAUUUUGAGGAAAGCUCGAAAGUUAGAAGCAUCGAAAAACGAAAGGAGAGCCUCGCGAAGAUCGAGGACAGGCGAAUCGAAGCGAACGAGAUGAAUAAGGGACAUUAUGAAAGUGCCAUGGGAAGCAGCGUGCUGACCGCGAAAGGCAUCAAUUUGAGUGAGGAAUACCCGGAAGACCUGAAUCCCUUUAAGAGUGACGAGGAGGACGAUGCCACGGGGGGCAAGCCGCGGACUGUGAUAAACAGCUCUAGGAACAACAAAGUGUCGACUAAUCCAUUCGACAGCGAGGACGAGGACGUCGAGGAACCAGAACCGCCGAAACCGGCGGCGAGGAGUAAACCGGAAAAUCGGGAAAUGUCCGCGACCAAGCGGAUCCUGGCUGCGCCGCAAAUCAAUCUUAAUCCAUUUUGGAGCGAGGACGAGGACGAGGAGCAGCACGGUAGCGACGAGGAAAGGCGAGACGGAACGCCGCCUGGAAAUAUGCCUGUACCGAAACCGCGUACUAUCAAGACCACUCUCGAGGUAAGUGUCACACCACGGAGAGCCGAUUUAGAUCGCGGAGGCAUGUACGCGUCUAAUAGUUCCUUAACUAGCUCCGAAUCAACCACAACUCCCGGUGGGACAUACAAGAAGAAAAAACCUGCACCGCAGCCACCGGUUGCGAAAGAACUGUUUCCGUCCGAGCAAGGCGAGCCGUCUAUCCUCAAAUCGUGUAGCAGCACAUUACCGUAUCACGACUCAUCGUCUCGCACAACGCCACGAGCUCGAAAAACCAAACCGGCUCCUCCACCGCCAAUGCCAACCAGCACACCUCGCAAUAUAUCGAUCGGCAGUGCGUUAACUUUUGACGAGUCUCCCAUAAUCAAGCUUCGCGACGGUGAUCGUAACUUGAACAUGUGGGAAGAUCAAAAGACAAACAAAGACGAAGCGAAUCGAAAUAGACAGAGUUUGAGCAGCAUCUCGUGUGCCGACAGUUCCUCCUAUACAUCUUACGCCGACAAAAGCGUGCAAGGAAAGUGGAAGAGGAAAAAGGGUCCCGCCCCACCGCGACCAAUUCCGCAUAGGAGAAAGAUCAAAGUGGUAUCUAUGAAGGAUGUGAAAUUAGAAUUAGAUGAGAUAGAAUUGCAACAGCAAGGCUUAGAAAGACAAGGUGUGCGAUUGGAACAGUUGAUACGAGAUAAAUGCGAAACUGGACCAAGAGCAGACGAUUCGUCGCUCGGUACGGACGUGGAGGAGCUGGUCUUAGAGUUGUUCGCAUUAGUGAAUGAAAAAAAUGAGUUAUUCAGAAGACAGGCCGAAUUGAUGUUACUACGGAGGCAACAAAGAUUAGAGGAAGAACACGCUGAAGUGGAAUAUCAAAUACGAUGUCUUAUGUGCCAACCAGAAGCUACUAAAACGGACUCGGACAAACAGAGGGAAGAAGCAUUGAUACAAAGGUUAGUAGAAAUUGUAGAGAGAAGGAACGAAAUUGUUGAAUGCUUAGAGAUGGAUCGUCGAAGAGAGGUAGAAGAGGAUAGGAGCAUAAAUAAACAUAUGGGUCUAUUUGCUGCGAGGAACAAGAAUGAACUAUGGUCUGGCAAAGACAAUGAUUCUUCUAACGCAGGAAAAACGAAAAAGGGAAAAAUGAAGGAGAAAAAAGAAAAGAAAUUUAAAAAGGCCAUGAAAAAGGAUGCCGACAAAGAUGUGGAUGAGACUGAGGUGAAACUCAAACGCCAUGGUAAAAGAAAAUGGUUUUGAGUUACGAUAGUGUUAACAGUUAACGAAUACGAUAGAUGUAGAAAAUAUUUCAUAUUUAAUACUUUUAUAUAUAUUUUUAACACAUUGUUAUUUAUAUAUAU